AUGGGCGGAGGAUGGAAAAACCGGCCACCGCCAGCUGGCGCCGGCUCCGGGAUGGAAGCUCCCCGUGAUAGGCCACCUCCACCAUUUCCUCACCUCCCGCCAGCUCCCGCACCGGCUGCUGCGGGAGCUGGCCCGAAAGCACGGCGACGUGAUCCGACUGGACCUCGGGGAGAUUCAGCACGUGCUCUGGUAUCGUCGGCGGAGGCCGCCAAGGAAGUGAUGAGGACCCACGACAUCAAGUUCGCCCAGCGGCCCUCGCACCCUAGCCUGGCCAAAGUCAUGUGGCGGAAGGAGCUGGUGGAGUACGCCGGAGGGUUCAAGAUAUCCUUCUUGUUCCCUUCGUGCGGAUUGGUGCAGAGGCUGUUUGGCACGACGGAGUGGCUCGACGGCGUGCAUAAGGUCACCGAUAGGUUGAUGGAGAGCAUGAUUGGGCAGCACAGAUCCAAGAGAGCGUUGGAGAAGCAGAAGGGAACGACGUCGUCGUCGUCGUCGGAGGAUCUUCUCGACGUGCUUUUGAGAGUUCAGGAGGAUGACUGCACCCUUGGUUUUCACUUGUCCACAGAUGCCAUCAACGCUUUCCUUCUGAACAUUUUCCUAGCAGGAAGCGAGACUCCUGCCACGCUGAUCGAAUGGACGAUGGCGGAAAUGAUAAGGAAUCCGGAAGUGAUGCACAAGGCAAAAUCCGAGGUGAGAAAGGUGUUCGGCGAGAGAGGGAAGGUGGAAGAAUCCGGGAUUCACGAGCUGGCCUAUUUGAAACUGGUGAUCAAGGAGACGCUGAGGCUGCACACCCCGACUCCGCUGGUCCUUCCCAGGGAGUGCAGGGAGGAGUGUCGGAUCUUCGGGUACGACAUCCCUCUGAAGACGAGGGUGCUGGUGAACGUGUGGGCCAUAUCGAGGGACCCUCGUUACUGGGGUGCGGAGGCCGAGAAGUUCCUCCCCGAGAGGUUUCUCGAUGAGAAAGUGAACUUUCGAGGAACCGAUUUCGAGUUCCUCCCGUUUGGAGCGGGAAGGAGGAUGUGCCCUGGAAUGACUUUUGGGUUAGCGGUUGUGGAACUUCCCCUGGCGAAUCUGUUGUUCCAUUUUGACUGGAAGCUUCCCGGUGGAGCUGAGCCGGAAAGCUUGAAUAUGGACGAGCAGUUUGGCGUCUCCCUGAGGAAGAAGAAUCACUUGGAACUAAUUCCCGUUGUGCAAUAUAACCCUUUACCUCCCGUUUAG